AUUAAAGUUGAUAAAGAGAUAUAAGGAGAGAGACAGUGGUCCAGCUUAGUCCAUGGCUGACCGACUUUGAGAUAAGCCGUGUAAUAUAAGGGGAAGUGAGAGCUUAGUCUAUGGCUGACCGACGUUGAGAUAAGCCGUGUAAUAUAAGGGGAAGAGAGAGAGGAAUCGAAUUAUUCUCUCUAGCUAGCUUUCUUUUGCUCAUUGGUUUUCUUUUCAAGUUUCAGGGUACUGUCUUGGAGCAACUAUUGCAGAUAGUUUUCUUCCGGUUUAGCUAGUUUAGGACACACCCAGUAUCUUUAGAUUCUGUCCCAGAUGAUGUCUGAAGAUGGGCUUUCAGUUCCUUCCACAGUGAGAGGGUUUGUUCAACAACCAAACUCAAACCCUAACCCUAACCCUAACUCGAAUCUAGUCAAGAAAAAGAGAAGUUUACCAGGAACACCAGAUCCGGAUGCGGAAGUUAUUGCUUUGUCCCCAAAAUCUUUAAUGGCCACAAAUCGAUUUAUAUGUGAAAUUUGUAAUAAGGGUUUCCAGAGGGACCAGAACUUACAACUUCACCGGCGCGGCCACAAUCUUCCAUGGAAGCUCCGGCAAAGAACAAACAAAGAAGUUAGAAAAAAGGUGUACGUUUGUCCGGAGAAGACCUGCAUGCACCACGAUCCGUCGAGGGCGCUUGGAGACCUCACCGGAAUAAAGAAGCACUAUAGCCGAAAGCACGGAGAGAAGAAGUGGAAGUGUGACAAAUGUUCGAAGAAAUAUGCAGUGCAGUCAGAUUGGAAGGCCCAUAGCAAGAUUUGUGGGACUCGAGAGUACAAAUGUGAUUGUGGAACACUCUUUUCCAGGAAGGACAGCUUCGUAACUCAUAGAGCUUUCUGUGAUGCUUUGGCCGAGGAAAAUGCAAGAUUCACUUCAGUUUCAGCUGCCAAUUCAAACUUCAAACAUGAUUUCAUCAAGGGGACAGUUAUCAAUCGUCCACUAGCUGGAAUACCCCAAUUUUCCACAGCCUUUCCACCUGAAUUUGCUGGCUCGGAAUCUACCGGCAAUUUUAUUGCAGAUCAAGGGCAAAAGCCAAAGCUGCCACCAUGGCUAGACCAUGCCAAUCAUCACCUAACUCCAUUUCGAAUUGCAAAUAGUUCUAAUGCUUACUUAGCAGCAGGCCUGACUAGCUUGCCCGAAAUGGUUUCAACAGCAUCUAUGAAUAUGUAUGGAUCCACAUCUCAGACGCAUGAGUGGUUAAGCACGUACCCAGAAGCAUGCUUUCCAAGUGCCAAUCUAUCUGUAUCUCCAUUGCCAAGGGUACUAAAGGAGGAAGAUGUGAACGAAGGAAAUUUGAGUGCAGAAAACAUAGCUAAUUUGUUUUCUAAUAGCCAGAAUCAUCAACAACAGGGUCCAACUCACAUGUCAGCCACCGCACUUUUGCAGAAAGCAGCCCAAAUGGGAUCUACAAGGAGCAACCCUGCAUUCAAUGGCACUGACUUUGGCUUAAUGAGCUCAUCUCAUAAUUCAAAUGUGCCAAACAAUAGAAAUGAAGUUCAGAAAUUCUUCAGACAACAAAAUCAAGCUGAUAACCUGAAGGAAUUGAUGAGUUCUCUCCCUCCUUCAACUCCAAUCACCACAACAGUAGUCGGGUCACUGUUGGUUAAUUCAAACUCAAGCGCAAUUUUGGGAAACCAAAAGAGUUUGGAGCAUAUUCAAAUCUCGAAAAAGGCGAAGCAAGACCAGCCAACUUCGGGAAAGCUCCAUGCCCGUUCUAUGGAAGCUGAUCAACAUAAUUUAACGAGAGAUUUUCUAGGCGUUGGAGGUCAUGCAAGUAGACCGUUCUCGCAACAAGAGCUUGCCAAGUUUGCUUCAAUGGGUGCCGCCAUGGACUUGAGCCAAUACAGCGGGCAUCACCGAGCUCCAUAAAAGGUAAGCCCCUUGUACAACACCGAUAUAAUUAAUUAUACAUGAAACUAGUCUAUGAUAGCAUAAAAAGGUCAUUAGAUUAGGUGAUUAUGAGUUGCACCCGGCCCGUGGAAGCAAGCGAGAGAGAGAGAGAGAGGUCUUCUGAGUAGAUCUGCAGGGAAGAGGGGGCUCACUGCGUGUUGGAGGAGAGAUGGACAUGGCCAUCGGAGGGCGAGCAUCGGGGCCCCUCCAUGCAGGUGAUAGUAAUUUCCUUUUACUUUUUUCCCGAGGUGGACAAAAAAACAUUGUGCGACUCCACACUCGCUCGUGAACCUUUUUCUGUACGUUACUGCCUCCCAUAUAUAUAUUGCCAUUUCAACUGUGAUGAAUGUGAACAUUUUCCAGUACUGUGAAUUUCAAAUAUAAAUAAAAAGGUCGCCUAUCGAUCUCA